AUGGGGUCAGCCGAGCGCAGCAGCCUCGGGCUGCGGCCGGUGCUGUUUGGGGUCGUGUGGGAUCUGCAGAUCGCAUGUGCCCCAGAUGGCGCGCGAAGCUGUGCCAUGGCGGAGCCAGGCUUUCAGAAGGCCUCUGUGGAGAAGUGCGCAGUGCGGCUCCACAACUUGGCGCUUCGCAAGCGCCUGGAGCGUGCGGAGACGCGGUCCGAGCAAUUGGAGCUGCGGGUGGAGGAGCUUGAGGUCGCGUUUGGCCAGGAUGCCGUGACUAAUGACCCCCAGGGCCGCGAUGCCAAGUACCUGGUCAAGAUGCAGAACCUGCUCCUCCGCAAGCGGCUGGAGAAGGCGGAGCUGCACGCCAGCGAGCUAGAGCGUCAAGUGGAGGAGGACCGCGAGGCGGGUGUCGCUCUGAACGAAACCUUGGACCGCAUGGAAAAGGCCGGCAGGAGCAAAGAGGAGCUCAAGACAGACCCGGAGAGGCACCAUCUUUCGAUCCGUGAACUCCGAGUCCGGGUCAGAGUGGGACCCUACGAGCUCCGUACAGUUCCCGGAGGCGCCGCGGCGCCGGCGCACGCUGCCUUUGCUGGCCCCGGCGUCUUGGACGAAGCAGAAUCCUUCGAACUGGACGAGUGGGGCAGCCUCGACGAGAUCGCGCGCCUCGAAUCGGAAAACCGGGAGCUGCUGCAGCGCGUGCAAACCUUGGAGUGCGGCAGCUCUUCUUCCAGCGACUCCUCGCCUGAAAGCUCGGAAGGCAGUGCACGGCCGCGCUUAGGGUCCAAGCAGACGGUGCGAUUCCGCAGACAGGCUACCACUGACCCUGCACAGCGGCUGAACAUCUUGUACUGGAAGACUUUGGUGGAGCGGUACGUGCACUCGAAGAGCUGCUCUUUUCAGCGUUUGGUGAUCUCGCGCUGGGAGACCUUUGCCGAGCGCCUGGUGUACUGGAGCCAGGCGGACUCGGCCACGGAGGCGCUGAAGAAAGACUUCCAGGAGCAGAGGAAGCUGAACGAAGACCCGCUGCGGGUGGCUCGCCAGGAGGCGGAGGAGCAGGCGCACAUCGCCCAGCGCCUGGAGGAGGACAUGGAAGCGCGCUGCUCGCUGGAGAUGUCGGAGGCCAGGGAGAAGCUGGUGGUCACCGAGCAGAACUACGAGCUGGUGCGGCAGAGGGUGCAGGAGCUCGAGGAGGACCAGUUCGAGCACAGCCAGUCCUUCAUGCGCCAGCGCCAGACUGCGCUUUGCGACAGCGGCUUCGGCGAGAUGCCACAACUCAUCAUCCCCGAGUCUGCGCCGGUGACAGCCGCCUCGCUGAACCACGACCUGGCCUCCACGAUUGCAGUGCACAUCCGGAAGAACCUGACUCUGCAGAGGCGCAUGGCGGGCUUGCUGGAGUGGCGAUCCACGACCACGGUCAGCAAGCUGCAGUACGACAUCGCGCGGGAGGAGCGAAAUCGAGAGAGCCCAGACACGCGGGUAGCCUGGCUCCGCGCGGAGCUCGAGGAGGAGCGGCUGAAAGGGGAGCAGGAGCAAGAGGAGCACCGCGGCCAUCGAACAUCUCGAGCCCGCCGACCGUACGAGGAUCAGAUUGCGCAGCUGCAAGAGACACUUGCCACGAAGGUCCACCAGCUCCGCAAGUCCGCGUCCCCUCCAAAGUCCCCGAGCCGCUCGCGGGCCUCCGCACCUCGCAACACCAACUCCGGAGGCGAAGGUGUCGUGCAAAUCAAAAGCGCUGAGCAAGAGGGCUACAAUGCGAAAACCCCCACAAAGAGCAACGGCAAGGAACUCCAGGCGCGCUUCUUCGGCGCGAGCCUGGCGGAGCGCUUCUCGAAGCACGAGAAAGACGAGGCCAGCGCCAGCGAGGCGCGCAGCCGAAAGACCGAAGCAACCGAAGCCCGCGGAGCCGCAAAGAUUUGA